GGGGCAGGCAGUGCGAGUCCCAGCGAGCGAGCGGGAGGACCCCGGUCCCCAUGGCGACCCCGGUCCCCGUCUUGAGGUUGCCCCUCGGCCCCAACGGCGGCAAAGGCUUCGACCCGAACUCCGCGCGCUUCCGCGCCCUGCACCGCGUCGCUUCUUCGCACGAGACGGGCACCUCCUGCUCCUCCUCCUCAGCGGCUCACUCCUCGUUAGUGUGCCGGGAGCAGGCGGCCCGCGCCCAGCUGCGCGAGAGGUUCCUGCUGGGGCUGGGCGCCGCGUGCGGGGGGCCCGCGCGGUUCCGCCUCUUCUCGCGCCCGGAGCGGCUCCCCGCGGUGCUGCGCGCCUGCGACCUCGAGCUGCUGAGCCUCCUCGUGUCGGCGCUCGGCACCCCGCUGGGCGUGCAGGAGAGCGCCCUGCUGCGCGCCAGCGACGUGCUCCACUUCUCCUGCGCCGUGCCCGCAGCGCUGCCCCGCGCGCCGGAGCGUACCGAGGGAGCAGGGGACGAGGCCGCCGCGCUUGCUUGAGGGGGACGCUGCCGCUUGGUGACGCCAGGGACGUGCUGGAUUGUUGAGAGGCGUCACGAACAGGGAGAGAUGUUAACACAUUCCUGCGGAGGGAGCUGGUAGGAACGUUGGGUUGCUCGGUCAAUGGCCAGGGUCAACGGCGGCGUGGUGUAUUCCACAAAUAUGUCCGACUGAGGGUGGGCACAAGCCGGCGUGAGUAGGUUAAAUGUUGAGUUUUAUAAGGGCACCACGGGGUGACCAGCUCCUCCCCACCCAGCCCCACCCUCCCCACCCAGCCCCUCCCUCCCCACCCAGCCCGUCCCUCCCCACCCAGCCCCUCCCUGCACGACGGACGGACACAAUAAUCCCCUGUGGGCUGGUGGAACCAGUGGGUUCCUACCAGUUUGAAUGCUGUGAUGAACGCUGAGAGAUGUGACGAACAGGGAGAGACUUGAUGGCAUGCUGGACUCUUGAUGGACGUAAUGUACUUCUGUGCUGGUAAAACAUUUGAGAGACGUGCUGCACGUCUGAGACUCGAUGGGACUGUGAACUUGAGUGACGUGAUGGACAGAGCCGUCAUGACUUACUGGACUCUUGAGAGACGUUAUGAGGCGUGCGAGAGGUGUAUGGGCCUUUGAGACGUGUCGGAUGUGACGUCAGGAUUAACCUAUGGCACUUGUUCUGCAUAGCACGCAUCACACGUGGAACGAUGUUGGGUCUGCACCACAUUCAUCAUCCGUUCCUGAAAAGCUCCCCAGCACACGGAGCGAAACGUCGGACAUCGUGCCGAACAACACGAAGCACCGGCACAACCGCAAAAACGCCACGCGGCUCUGUCCGUCCCGUUGACGGAGUCGCUCCGUUCCAAGCCUUCCUCGAUCCCUGCUGCUGGUCGCGAGAUGAGAUGGACUCUCCCAAGCCACGGGCAAAGGUCCCCUGUGUAGCCUUCGCUGGCUGCUGGGGCAAGUGCUAGUCUCCGGCAGUUCUUGCAAGGAGCCGUCUCUCACACAGCCCAGUCCAAGCAGCAGUAGCAGCAGCAGCAGCGUCGUGAACCCACAGUCCUUUGCUGGGCCGAGUCUCGUGUUCUCCCCGUGUCCAGGCAGCCUGCGGGGUUUCUGUGGGGGGGGGGGGCCCUCGCUCUAUGGGUUGGAGGACCCCCACCACACCACCUUGUGCUCCCCCCCCACCCCCACAGUCUCUGCAAGGGUGGAUUUGGUGGAGUGAAUCAUGAUCACCAGACAUGUUUCUUGUCUUUUUUUUUUUACACGCAACGAAAGUGAUAAAUAAAUUGUGGGCACAAGCUUUUGAUGGAAAGGUUUAUUAUAUUAAUAUUUAACGUUCAAUAACUUUAGUUUUUACAUUAGUGCGAGUAUUUCAUU